AUUGCUUUACUCGAACCAUAGAACAAAAUAUAGAAGUUACGGAAAUUAAGAAAUAAAAUUUGGUUUUUAUAUACAAUCAUGUACAGAGAGAAAAGGUCUUGGCACAUUUGAGUAAAUACACUGCAAAUAAAGUAGUGCAAACAGCUUGUCAGUGUAAACCUGUUGUAUAACAGGGUUCUGAAAUUAUAAAACAAAUGUUUUAUAGACUUAUUGUAAGUACAUGUGGUAAAUACAUUUGUUUUGAAUAUUGACAUUUGUAUAUGGUAAACUAAACUUCUGUAAUGUAUUAAUUUUAAGUAUUACUCUUUUAAUUACAGCUAGUUAGAACGGUUAGAUAAGCUUUUGUUACAGUUGUGAAAUUAAUAUUUAAUUUAAAGACUCCCCUGGUUUAAAAACCUUGUGUAUGCAUUUAAGAAAUUGAAAACAUUUGUUUAAAGUGUAAGUUAUACUCUUGUUUUAAUAAUUUUAUAUAGUAUGUUCUGCUAUACGGCUAUAUAUGCAUGCUAUGUUUUAAAUUUCGCUGAUCUGAAAAUAAAGCUUUCUUGCUCCAAAGCAUGAAUACGUACCGUGGUUGCUAUGGAGACCAGUUUGUUAUGACGGUCUGAGCUCGCAAGUUAAGCUUAGCUAGCUAUGCUGAUACUCAUUUGCUGAAUUUCUGUCUUGAGGUAAAUAACAUUAUCAGUUCUCCGCAUAAAAGUGAAUUGGGUGACUUUAUACGUAACGGUAAGAGCAGAUAUGGAGAAAUCUGAUAUGAUAAAUUUCAGUUCUCUUGAAAAAGAGCUUAAAGCGGCGCUGGAAGCGGACCGGAAGUAUCAAAGGGAAAAUGAUGCCAAAUUUCGCGCUUUAAAUCAAAAUGUCGCCAGCUAUGAAGAAUUCAGGGACAUAGUACUUGCAUCUCACUUAAAGCCCCUUGACAGAAAGGAUAUCUCUGGCGCACCUCGAAAGCAGCCAUGGAACCCAGUUGCUUUUGGUACAAAGUGUGAAAGUGCUUCAUCUGAGGAGGUCCAGCCAGAGUUAUCUGAGAUCCAACCAAGAAGUGCAUCAGAAUUCAUCCGUGACUGGCGCAGACUUGCAGGAAGCUCACUGGAAAAGUACAGUCUCCUCGUAAGUCUUGGUGGCAAGGCUCUGCAGGAAAUCUUCAGAACUGAGGUUGGCCUUGGUCUUCUCGGCGAGUUCCUUCUGAUUCUGUCACAGUGUCUUAGGUCAGGCGAUGAGGAUAUAGUGAUCGGAGUGCUAGACGGCCUUUCCAGAACUGGUCGCUUUGGCCUUAACCUGUCUCUUCUUAGUCAGGCUGAACAAAAAGCCUGUGAGGAGCUUUUCCACAAGCUACAAACUGAAGCAGGUGAUUCCUCUAACACUUCAGUGGUUUGUGAAGCCAGUCUUGCAGCGCUAAUGGAAAAAUAUGGCAUUUAA